AGAGGAUGUAGCUAAUGCCCCGGAAAUGACAUCAUAAAGUCUUUCCAGAUCGAGACCGGCAAGAUGGCGGCGGACACGCAGGUUUCAGACACGCUGAAGAAGUUUGCAGUGAAAGUGACCACGUCCAGCGUUAAAGAACGCAGAGCUGUUUUAGGAGAGCUGCAGGAAUGCAUCAGUGGAAAGAGUCUGCCAGAACCAGCCGUCAAAGGUCUAUGCAAACUCUUUUGUCUCACCCUCCAUAGAUACAGGGAUGCAGCUUCUCGGCGUGCCGUUCUCCGCACCAUCGACCUGCUCGCCCAAUCACAGCCUGACGCCAUCGCUGCCAACCUUCCACCCGGCCUGCUGAACUGCGGAGUCGUCAGUAAGGGCGUGAUGCCUGGAAAGAGCUCGGCUUCAGGUGCUUGCUGUGCCUUGCCAUGGACCUGCCUGAUCGUGCGUGUAGUGUUCCCCACCACAGAGAAGAGAGAGGGACCCCACUGGAAGAAACUGGUGGAGGUGCAGAGUCUGCUGGUUGCUGAGGUUGUGGGCGGAGCUUCACAAAACGCUUUCAAAUCUGUAACCAAGAGGCUCAGGAAGCUGUGGAAUGAUAACCCUGGUCUGGUGGAUCAGUACAUGACCACUCUGCUGGGUCUGGAUCAGAACCCCUCUCUACUGCCUCUGCUGGCGCUGUGUGUGGAUUACUGCACCGCCCAGAAAGACCUGACCACCAUCAACAAGCAUAAGGCAGCUCUGUUAGAUCUGUACAUGAAGACGGUUCUGACCAGUAAGACCCGGCCGCUGCAGCACAUCCUGGAUAAAAGUGGAUCAGUUCUUCGUCACGUGUCUCACUCUGAGUUUAAGGAUCAGCUGCUGCCCACCCUGCAAAAAGCUCUGCUCCGCAGCCCAGAGAACGCCAUGCAGACUGUGUCCUCCCUGCUGGCUUCCCUCACUCUGGAUCUCAGUCAGUACGCCAUGGACAUCGGGAAAGGCCUCGCCAGUCAGUUGAAGGCGAGUAACACAGAGCUGAUGGAUCAGGCAGUGCAGGCUCUGCAGAACCUCUCUCAGCAGUGCAGUGACCCGACUGCUGUUCAGAACCUCGUCACUCAUCUCUUUGGUAUUCUUGGAGGUUCAGAGGGAAAACUCACCACAGUUGCCCAAAAAAUGAAUGUGCUUUCAGGCAUCAAGAGCUGCAGCAACCAUGCGGUCUCUGGUCCCUCCAGCCAGACCCUGAUCUCCAGCGUGACAGUGCUGUUUCUUCCUUUCCUGCAGCAGGAAGUUCAUGAGGGGACGCUGGUGCACGCCGUGUCGGUGCUGUCUCAGUGGAUGUCUCGUCUGAACACUGAAGCUCCAGCAGCUCUGAGAGACUGGUUUAAAAAAGCUUUCACACUAAAAGCCUCCACCUCAGCCGUGCGCCACGCCUACCUGCAGGCCAUGCUGGUGGCUUUUAAAGGAGACACUCUGGGUCAGGCUGUGGAUCACACUGCUCUGCUCAUUCAGACGGUGGAGAAAGCUGCUGCUCAGAGCUCCCAGCAUGCACUGCUCACUGAGGGAGUGGCAGCCUCUGUGCUGCUGUGCCGGCUCUCCACGCUCGAUGUUCUGCCCGAGGCUAAACUGACCUCGUUCUGGAAUCUGAUCCUGGAUGAGAAGAAACCUCUGUUCACUACAGAGAAGUUCCUCUCUCAGGCCGGUGAGGAAGCUCUGUGUACGAUACUGCAGCUGUGUGAGAGACUGUUCCUGGAUCAGUCCCACAGACUCAACAACAGCAAGUCUCAGAUGUAUCAUCGGUCUAUAGUAGCUGUGCUGCUGUGUCGGGUGUGGAGGGUGAGGAAGCGAGCUCAGCAGAGUGUAAAGAAGCUCAUCUCAUCACUGGGCGGCUCCAGCCUAGCCCACGGCCUUCUGGGAGAACUGCGCGUCGUCAUCAACAAGCAUAAGGUUUUGCCCCCGGAGGCUCUUCAGACGGACACAGGAGAGCUGACUGAUCUCGGUCGGUCGUAUAUUCCUCCUCGAGUUCUUCUGGAAGCUCUGAGUGUGAUCUGCUCUGUGGCGGGACAGUGGAACGACCCUGCUGAAGCAGAGAAACUAGCUCUAGAGAUCAUCGUCGUCACCCAUCAUCCCUCUAUAGUAUCUGCUAAACCGGCGCUGUGGCCGCUCCUCUUGUCCAGCAUGAAGAUAAACGCUGCUGAGUUUAUCGACGCCCACAUAGAGGCAAUCCUUCCUCUUCUGCUGGAAGCGAACACUGACAAUGAGGCCGUGAGAAACGCUGCAGGUGAGCUGUCAGUUCUGUCUCCUGGAAAGCUGCUCCCGCGUGUGAUGGAUCAUGUGACCAUGUGGUUGUCCAAUCCCUCGCUGAGUCAGGUGACUCGUCAGGAAUACGCCAUCAUGUGCACACCUGAGGGGGAGCUGUACGACAAGAGCAUCAUCAUGAGUGCCCAGCAAGAGACCUCCAAGAAAGGCAACAUGAAGAGAGAGAACAAGGCCUACUCCUUUAAAGAGCAGAUCAUCGAGCUGGAGCUGCAGGAGGAGAUCAAGAAGAAGAAAGGAAUUAAGGAUGAGGUUCAGCUCACCAGCAAGCAGAAGGAGAUGAUGCAGAACCAGCUGGAGAAAGAGUCUGCCAUCCGGAAGAGACUUCAGGGGUUGGAUGUGGAGCUGCAGUGUGGGGUGGGGUUGUUGGAGGCUAUUAUAGCUCGUGGUCCUCCUCAGAUCUCGUGGCACCUGCCCGGAGUCCUGCAGGUUCUCCUGCCGCUGCUGCAGUCUCCCCUCGCCGCUCCUCACGUCCACCAGGUGUUUCUCCACACAGGAACCUGCCUCCUGCCAAAACACCUGCACUUCCUGGCUGUUCUGGUGGGUCAUGUGACUCUGCGUUUGGUGAAGCCGGAGUGUGAGCUGGACCCGGCGUGGUCUCAGGAGGACCUGGAUACAGCCACCCAGCGUACCGUCCACCUGCUGCACACACACACUGUACCACAGAGAGAGGGCAAGAUGGAUGCUCGUCCUCUGUCUGGUCCGGGAUUCUCCUUCUGUUUCCCGCUGCUUCAGGCCGUCCUGAGCCAGAACAGCAGCACCUCUGAGGAGACGGAGCUCAUGCUGACCCGCGCUCUACAAACCAUCCAUACCCACGCCCAGCUCCGCUCCGCCACCGACAUGCCCGACACACUCAUAGACGAGAAUGGUCCCGAGCUUCUCCCUCGUGUGAACAUGCUGCUGCUGCUCACCAAAGUGAUCGGCACCUCCACGCCACGGCUGCAGGUUUUGGCGUCGAGCUGUCUCACGGCUCUGUGUUCGAGUGCCAGUGGGCAGGUGGGCUGUGCUCUGGCUGAACAGCCCGAGAUCGACGUGCUGCUGGAGGCUCUGCUGUCUCCCUGUUUCUCCGUUAGAGACGCUGCCCUGAGGGGUCUGCUGGAGCUGGAACUGGCUUUACCCACAGACGGUGCCGAGCCCAGUGGGCUGAAGGUGCUCAGGAGGCUGUGGGUGUCUAAGUUUGAUGUGGAGGAGGAGGGCAGGGAGCUGGCGGAGAAGCUGUGGCAGACUCUGUGUGCGGAGCUUGUCCCUGAGCUGUGUCCUCUGCUGAUCGGAGACGUAACUCAUUAUGAGGAGACGGUUCGGGCGGCGGGGGCCGAGGCUCUGUCCGUGGCCGUGAGUCAGUUUCAGGACCAAUCAGCUGCAGUCCUGUCCCAGCUCACUGAGCUCUACCAGCAGAAACUCUACAGACCGCCCCCUGUUUUGGAUGCUUUGGGACGAGUCAUCUCUGAAGCCCCUCCUGACCAAUGGGAAGCCAGGUGUGGAAUAGCGCUGGCUCUGAAUAAACUCUCUCAGUACCUGGAUGAGAGUCAGGUGACUCCCCUCUUCCUGUUCUUCGUGCCGGAUGCGCUGAACGACCGGCACAGUGAGGUGCGGCGCUGCAUGCUGGACGCAGCCCUGGCAGUGCUCAACACCCAUGGCAAGGACAAUGUGAACUCCCUGCUGCCGGUGUUCGAGGAGUUCCUGAAGAACGCUCCUCAGGAUGCGAGCUAUGACUCUGUGCGUCAGAGCGUGGUGAUCCUGAUGGGUUCUUUAGCCAAACAUCUGGAUAAGAGUGAUCCCAAAGUGAAGCCAAUCGUGGCCAAGCUCAUCACGGCUCUGUCCACGCCCUCACAGCAGGUCCAGGAGUCUGUGGCGAGCUGUCUGCCCCCGCUGGUCCCAGCUAUAAAGGAGGACGCAGGGGACAUGGUGCGGAAGCUGCUGCAGCUGCUGCUGGAGAGCGAUAAGUACGCGGAGAGGAAGGGCGCGGCGUACGGUCUGGCCGGACUUGUGAAGGGUCUGGGGAUCCUCUCGCUCAAACAGCAGGACAUCAUGACCACCCUCACCGACGCCAUCCAGGACAAGAAGAACGCCAGACGCAGGGAGGGUGCUCUGUUUGCGUUUGAGAUGCUGUGUAAUAUGCUGGGGAAGCUGUUUGAGCCGUAUGUGGUUCAUGUGCUGCCGCACCUCCUCCUGUGCUUUGGAGAUGGGAACCAGUACGUCAGAGAGGCAGCGGAUGACUGUGCUAAAGCUGUGAUGCGGAACCUCAGUGCUCACGGGGUGAAGCUGGUGCUGCCCUCACUUCUCGUGGCCUUAGAGGAAGAAUCCUGGAGAACCAAAGCAGGUUCUGUGGAGCUGUUGGGAGCCAUGGCGUUCUGCGCUCCGAAGCAGCUGUCCUCAUGUCUGCCCAGCAUCGUCCCCAAACUGACGGAGGUGCUGACUGACUCGCAUGUUAAAGUGCAGAAGGCAGGACAGCAGGCCCUGAGACAGAUCGGAUCCGUCAUCCGCAAUCCUGAGAUUCAGGCUAUCACCCCCAUUCUGCUGGACGCUCUGACGGACCCCUCUCACAGGACUCAGCACUGUCUCCAGACUCUGCUGGAGACCAAGUUUGUGCACUUCAUCGACGCCCCCUCGCUGGCUCUCAUCAUGCCCAUCGUCCAGAGGGCCUUUCAGGAUCGCUCCACCGACACCAGGAAGAUGGCGGCUCAGAUCAUCGGGAACAUGUACUCCCUCACUGAUCAGAAGGAUCUGUCUCCCUACCUGCCGAGUGUGAUUCCAGGACUCAAAACAUCUCUACUGGACCCUGUACCAGAGGUGCGCACGGUGUCGGCGAAGGCUCUGGGGGCGAUGGUGAAGGGUAUGGGCGAGUCCUGCUUUGAGGAUCUGCUGCCGUGGCUGAUGGCGACUCUGGCGUCUGAGCAGAGCUCUGUGGAUCGCUCUGGAGCAGCACAGGGUCUGGCGGAGGUGAUGGCUGGGUUAGGAGUGGAGAAGCUGGAUAAGUUGAUGCCUGACGUGGUUCAGACCGCCAGUAAAGUGGACAUCGCCUCUCAUGUCAGAGAUGGAUAUAUCAUGAUGUUUAUCUACCUUCCUCUGACCUUCGGGGAAAGAUUCACUCCGUACGUGGGUCCCAUCAUCCCCUGUAUCCUCAAGGCUCUGGCGGAUGAGAAUGAGUACGUUAGAGACACGGCUCUGAGAGCAGGACAGAGGAUCAUCAGCAUGUACGCCGAGACCGCCAUCGCCCUGCUGCUGCCCGAGCUGGAACAGGGCCUGUUCGACGACCUCUGGAGGAUCAGGUUCAGCUCGGUGCAGUUGCUAGGAGACCUGCUUUUCCACAUCUCAGGGGUUUCGGGUAAGAUGACGACCGAGACGGCAUCUGAGGACGACAACUUCGGCACAGCGCAGUCUAAUAAGGCCAUUAUUGGAGCUCUGGGGGCGGAGAGGAGGAACCGGGUUCUGUCCGGACUCUAUAUGGGUCGCUCGGACACGCAGCUGGUGGUGAGACAGGCGUCGCUGCACGUGUGGAAGAUCGUGGUGUCGAACACCCCGCGUACACUCCGCGAGAUCCUGCCCACGCUCUUCAGCCUGCUGCUGGGCUUCCUGGCAUCUACCUGCCCUGACAAGAGAACGAUCGCAGCUCGCACUCUGGGAGAUCUGGUGAGGAAACUCGGAGAGAAGAUCCUUCCAGAAAUCAUCCCCAUCCUGGAGGAGGGGCUGUGCUCAGAUAAGAGUGAUGAGAGGCAGGGAGUGUGCAUCGGCCUCAGCGAGAUCAUGAAGUCCACCAGCAAAGACGCUGUGUUGGUGUUCUCUGAAUCUUUAGUUCCUACAGUGCGUAAAGCUCUGUGUGAUCCUCUGGAGGAGGUUCGGGAGGCGGCGGCUAAAACCUUCGAGCAGCUUCACGCCACCAUCGGCCACCAGGCUCUGGACGACAUCCUCCCGGCUCUGCUCAAACAACUGGAUGACGAGGAGACGGCCGAGUUCGCUCUGGAUGGUCUGAAGCAGGUUAUGGCUGUGAAGAGUCGAUCUGUUCUGCCUUACCUGGUGCCAAAGCUGACGGCUCCUCCGGUGAACACUCGUGUCCUGGCCUUCCUGUCGUCGGUGACUGGCGAUGCUCUGACUCGUCACCUGGGCGUGAUCCUCCCGGCUCUGCUUUCUUCCCUCAAAGACAAGCUGGGAACUGAAGAAGGACCUCAGGAGCUGAGCAGCUGUCAGACGGUGAUCCUCUCUGUGGAGGAUGAGGUCGGUCAGCGGAUCAUUAUAGAGGAUCUGCUGGAGGCGACGCGAGGUCCAGACGCCGGACUCAGAGAGGCGUCUGUAACCAUCCUGAACGCGUACUUCUCCCGAACGCGGCUGGACUACAGCGCUCACACGCGCACCCUGCUCUCCGGACUCAUGCGUCUCCUCAACGACUCCAAUCCCGAAGUGCUCAGUCAGAGCUGGGACACCAUCAACUCCAUCACCAAGAAACUGGACGCUGCGAGUCAGCUGGCUCUGAUCGACGACCUGCACAGAGAUAUCCGCUCAGCUGCUGCUGAUGUUAAAGGUGAACAUCUGCCUGGAUUCUGUUUACCCAAGAAGGGAGUGACGUGUAUUCUGCCGGUUCUGAGAGAGGGAGUGUUAACAGGAAGUCCGGAGCAGAAGGAGGAAGCAGCGCGGGCGCUGGGCGGAGUCAUUAAACUCACCUCCGCCGAGGCUCUCCGCCCCUCCGUGGUUCACAUCACCGGACCCCUGAUCCGUAUUCUGGGAGAUCGCUUCGCCUGGAGCGUGAAGACGGCUCUGCUCGAGACUCUGACUCUGCUGCUCGCCAAGGUGGGUAUAGCCCUGAAGCCCUUCCUGCCGCAGCUCCAGACCACGUUCCUGAAGGCGCUGCAGGACUCCAGCAGGGCGGUGAGGCUGAGGGCGGCCGAGGCUCUGGGUCAGCUGGUCUCCAUCCACAGUAAAGUAGAUCCACUCUUUACUGAGCAGCUCUCGGCAAUCCGCAACGCAGAGGACUCUGGAGUCAGGGAGACGAUGCUUCAAGCCCUGAGGUUUGUAGUCCAAGGCGCUGGGGCAAAGGUCGACCCCACCAUCAGGAAGAACAUCACCACCACGCUUCUAGGCAUGCUGGGACACGAUGAGGAUGCUACACGGAUGGCCUCUGCUGGGUGUGUUGGUGUGCUGUGUGCCUUCCUGUCUGAAGAAGAGCUGAAGUCGGUGUUACAGCAGCAUGUUCUCGCGGAUAUAUCAGGAGUGGACUGGAUGGUGCGUCACGGGCGCAGCUUGGCUCUGGCGUUAGCUGUGAAAUCUGCUCCAGAGAAGCUGUGCGCUCCGGAAUACAACUCAACCGUACUGGAAGCCAUCCUAUCCAGCGCCACAGCAGACCGAAUCCCUAUAGCCUGCAGUGGCAUCCGGGCGAUGGGUUACCUCAUGAGACACCAACUCAGAUCAUCCGGCAGUGAAGCUGUUCCUCCUCGCAUCAUCAAUCAGUUCGUCAAGUGUCUGCAGAACCAGUCCAGUGAUAUCCGGCUGGUGACGGAGCGGGUGCUGUGGUGGGUGUGUAAGGAGGCGGAGACCCCGGCUCUGGACCCGUCUCUCAGUAAACCCCUCAUCAAAGCCCUGCUGGACAACACCAAAGAUAAGAACACCAGCGUGCGCUCCCAGAGCGAACACACACUCGUCAGCCUCCUCCGCCUCCGCCUGGGAGAGGAGGGCAUGCAGGGUAUCAGUGCCAUUCUGGACUCAGCCAGUAACGAGCUGCUAUCUGAAUGUUUCCGUCGGUCUCUGAAGAAAAUCUCAGGCCUGCCCGACUCUAAUGAAGAAAUAGACGACACCAUCCUCACGUGAUCUGCCCAAUCAGCUCCCUCUCCCACCAUACCGUUACUCUCUCUCUCUCUCUCUCUCUCUCUCUAAUGUUCUUAAAGAACGGUCUGUUGUGAUAAAUACAGUUAUGGAAUCUACCAUUUAAAGAGUGAUGCAGUAACACACACACACACACACACACACACACACUCACAUCACCCCCACAUCACCAAUUAUAUCAUUAAUGAGAUGAGGAAGCACCCCAGAACAUUACUGUAAACUGGAAGCUUUUCUUGAUGAUGAUUCUCUUUAUUUUUGAGGGGGGUUUUUUUUCAGAUAUUCAUACUAUAGUACUGUUUAACAGCAGAAAUACUGUAGGUUCUGAUUUGUGCCAAUUCUAUAAAAAAAAAGCUUAUUUCUGAUGCCUCUUAUUUUUGAGUGUGUCAUAAAGAGCACCAGUGUUCACUAUCUCCUCCUGCUUCUUCUUCUUCAGUGUUAAGUUGUUUUCCCCCCUCCCCCCUCCUGUGUGUGUGUGUGUGUGUGUCGAGAGGUGGGCAACCCAAAGGAUAAAACGCUGGUUGUAUAAUCAGUGAUCUGUCCUUUAAUGUUGGUUGUACAAAUAAAGUGAAUCUUGCUUUAAUAAA